UUGCAAUGCCAGAUGAACAUAGACGGCGGUAGAAUUGGGUGGUCUAAUUGCUUUAAUAGUCAAGCAUGGGUGGGCCUAUGGUGAAUGUGAAACAAGGUUGGCUUCGCGGUACGAUUGUGAAAAGUGUCGUUGGAGGAUCUUACAUCUCUUUUAAGGGAAUUCCAUUUGCAGCGCCUCCUCUAGGGGAUCUGAGGUUUUCGGAUCCUCAACCCCCACGACCUUGGACUGGCGUCCGAGAUGCUUCUAAAGAGGGGCCAAAGUGUAUUCAAAUAGACUAUAUAACAUCGAACAUGGUCGGCGAUGAAGACUGUCUGUACCUCAAUGUAGCAACCACAUCUUUGAAAGGAUCGCGGCCAGUGAUGGUUUGGAUUCACGGAGGAGCUUUUAUAAUGGGCGAUGGAGGUGAUGACAUGUUUGGUCCAGAUUACCUGAUGAAGCAGGACAUUUUAAUCGUCUCGAUACAAUACAGACUUGGUGUCUUCGGUUUCCUGAAACUCGAUCACGAGGUGGUGCCUGGUAAUAUGGGUCUCAAAGAUCAAGUGGAAGCUCUGAAAUGGGUUAAGGAAAACAUCGCCCAGUUUGGUGGCGAUCCAAACAAUGUUACUCUCUUCGGAGAAAGUGCGGGCAGUUCCUCGGUGCAUUAUCAACUCGUAUCGCCGAUUUCUAAAGGUCUUUUCCACAAGGCCAUUAUGCAGAGCGGAACAAUGCUGUUUCCUUGGAUAGGGACUCCACUGUCAGUCGAAACUGCUCGACGCUAUGUCGCUGUUCUUGGAAACGAAAUCACUGAUCCUCACGAGAUUGUUGAGUAUCUGCGCACUGUUCCGGCUGCCAAGCUUAUAGAAGCUCAAGAACAAUUUCAGACUGAUGAGGACAGGUUUAAAUUCUUAACUCCAUUUCGACCGAGCGUCGAUGACAAAAGCAAAGAGCCGUUCAUGCCGAGACCCCCUGAAGAACUUGCAGUGGAAGGUUUUGACGUACCCGUGAUCAUUGGUUACAACAGUCAUGAGGGAAUUUUGUUCUUGUUGACACCUCAUGAUUGGAUGUUUGAAGAACUCGAUAAGAAUUUCGAGCGUACGGUGCCUGCAGAUUUGAUUAUGGAAAAUCCAUCAAAAGUAUCUCAGGUUGCGGAUGAGUUGAGAAAGUUUUACUUCAAGGAUAAACCAAUAACCACAGAUGCAGUAAGUGACUUAGUCCGGUAUUACGGAGAUACGUAUUUCCUCAACGGGACCCAAAAAGUGGUUGAAUAUCAGCAGAAGAAGAGGACGCCGACGUACUUUUACAAGUUUUCUUACGACAGUCCAAAGUCCUUGACAAAAUUAGUUUACAAAAGCUCGAUGAAAGGUACAUCUCACGAGGAUGAAGUCCCGUAUCUAUUUCAUCCUUUGCGCUUUGCCGAUCUACUUAAAAUUGAACCAAACUCAAUCGAGCAAACAGUGUCCGAUAGGUUUGUCAAGAUGUGGACAGAUUUUGCAAAAACCGGAAAUCCGACACCCCAGAUCGAUGAUUUAAUUACUGUGAAAUGGGAUCCAGUAACACGGACAACGAAAAAUUACUUGGAAAUUGGUUCGGAGCUUUCCGCUGGUGUAAAUCCGGAUGAAGAGGUCGAGUUGCUGUUCAAGAGAAUCUCUGAUAUCGUUAAGAGUUAGUAACGUAUCGCUUAACCAAGGUGUCUUGAAUUUCACGCGAAGAUUAAUCAGUUUGUGAAACUUACACGAAUCGCUAUCGCGUUCGCGUCAAGGAUUAUAUUGUUUUUUUUUCUGGUGAAUAACUUCCAACAAACCUCAACUAAAAUCUAAGUCUGACGGGAAACUCUGAAAGUUAAUCAUCGUAUGAAUCAUAUUCAACAAAGUUGAACGGCAUUAACCGUUCGAACUUUUCUAGUUGACACUUGCAACUCCUGAUUCCAUUCUCAUGAUUUUAAUCCUUCAUCGAACCUAGUGCUUUAUUUUUUAAGAAAUUUCGAAGAAGUGGUUUCAUUGUCGAUUUUGGAAAUAUUUCUAGAGACAUUUUUUUCUACCUCGGUUAGGAUGUGUGGAAUGCGAUCAUUUCUAGAUUGAUUUUCAAGCCCUCGGCGAAAUUGUUUUCUCGUCGUUGGAGUUGUCAUAUUUGCAAUCGGAAGAAAUGUGCUUGAAAAUAUUGCACCGGUUUUAUGGUCGAGUGAUCAUAGCCUGAAUAUCUUUCAUCUCAAAUGGCGUGCAAUCGCGAUUAUUUGAUUUAUCCUGGAGUCAGGAUCGCGUCUCGAGUAUUUGAAUUUCUUAUUCACGUCGUUAAUCAUUUCUCGGAAAAAGGUGAAAAACUGCCGGUAUUUUUAGUGCCGUGAACGGCUUCGAAAUUAUUUCAAACCUUUCACUAGACUUGGGAUUAAGAUCAUCGGCGUCUUACGGCCGAGAUUGAAAAAUUCGUUUCCACAGCGAUUAUAAAGUAAUCUUAAUCUCUUCAAAAUACUUUUGAAGAGUAAAAAAAAAGGACGGCAAGUAAUUUGAACAGUGUCCUUUUGAAAAAAAACCUUCUCAGUAUUAUUGUAAGAUGAUAUGUUGAAAAAAAAAAAAAAAAACAAUUCGAUAUGGAUAUCUUCUUUUCUCUAAUUCAAAGAGAAAUUACGGCCCAUGAUAUGUUAAAUGUUUUUGGAAAGGAAAAAAACCGAAUAUUAUAAUUGCUGUAAUGAAGCUUUGUCAUUUAAUGAACAAUUACUGGCCCCGGUAUAUACUUGUCUUCUUUUUCUCAGAAGAAAAAAUAAAAAUAUUUUAUCCCUGACUCGACCAUAAAGUUAGCUUUUUUGACCUCAAUAGCGGGACGGAAAUGACGUAUUUUUCUUUAAAACGCAUUUGCGGGAAAUAUGAGCCCGAUUCAAAAGUCCCAAUUUUCAAAUAAAUAUUGCGCUCAGAGUAGAGUCGGAAAUAAGGUCCCCUCCGAGAAAAGUCCUAG